UUUGGUGAUGCAUUUGUUGUUGUGAGUAAUGAAAUGACAUUUUUUGUGUGGUGUUGUACUGGUGAGAGUUGUUGUCGAUGUUCUUGGUGUGGUGACAGUGGUUGUUGUUUCUGUUGAUAUUAUAGUUAUGAUCGUGGUGGAUGGAGUAGUUGUCCUUGACGUGGUAGUAGGCGUUUCAGAAGUCGAUGUGUAAGUUGUGGAUGUGUUGGUGGUCUCUGAUGUUAUAUUUGUUGAGGUUGAACUUUCAGUGGUUGUUGAAGUGUUAGUUGUGGUAGUGGAAGUCAAUGUUGAGGACAAUAGUGUAGUUGUUGUAGUGGAAGUCAGUGUUGAAGUGGAUGUGUUAGUUGUCGUUGAGGUGGAUGUAGUAGUUGUCGUUAAGGUCGAUGUGCUUGUAUUCGUAUAGAUAUUUGUCGUGGUGGAGGUUGAUGUGGUAGCAGCAGUGGAUGGUGGAGUUGUAGUAUUUGUGGUAGCUUGUACUGUGGUUUUCAAUGUGGUAGUUUGUUGGCUAAUGCAACACGCACAUCCUGGUGAGCACGCUGAUGUUAUGAAAUUGUUUUGACAUUUAAUUUCUGCUUUCAAUUUGGGAAAACAUUUGCUGAUGCAUUUGUUAUUGUGAGUAAUGAAAUGACAUUUCUUGUGAGUUGUGGAACUGGUGAGAGUAGUCGUCAAUUUUGGUGUAAUGGUAACAGUUGCAUUUGUUGGGGUUGAUGUUACGGUGGUAGUUACGAUCUUGGUGGUUUCGGUUGUCGUAGAGAAAACUUUAAUCGUGGUGGAGAUCAAUGUGGAAGUUGUCGUAGAAGUCGAUGUGGUAGUUUUAGUUGAAGAGGUCGAUAUGGUAGUUGUCGAUAUCUUAGCGGAGAUAGAUGUUGUGGUUGUUCUGGUGAAAGUCGAUGUUGUAGCUGUUUUGGAGGUGGAUGUUGAAGUUAUUCUGGUGGAGGUCGAUAUGGUAGUUGUUGUGGAUGAAGUUGAUGUUGAUGUCAAUGUAGUAGUGGUAGCUGUUGUGGUAGUUGUUCUAGAAGAAGUAAAUUUUGAGGUCGAUGUAUUAUUUGUCGUGGUGGAGGUCGAUGUAGUAGUAGUCGUUGAUGUGGUAGUAGGCGUUUCAGAUGUCGAUGUGUAAGUUGUGGAUGUCUUUGUGGUGUCUGAUGUUAUAUUUGUUGAGUUUGAACUUUCAGUGGUUGUUGUAGUGUUAGCUGUGGUAGUCGAAGUCAAUGUUGAGGUCGACGUUGUAGUGGUAGCUGUUGUAGUGGAAGCCAAUGUUGAGGUCGAUGUGGUAGUUGUCGUUGAGGUGGAUUUGGUAGUUGUCGUGGUGGAGGACAAUGAAUGAGUGGUCGUUUUUGAGGUCGAUAUAGCAGUUGUGUUGGAUGUCAAUAUGGUAUUUUCAGUGGAUGGUGUAGUAGCAGAAGCUUGUGUUGAGAUUUUCAUUGUGGUAGUUUGUUCCUUGGUGCAACACGCACAGCCAGGUGUGCACGCUGAUGUUAUGAAAUUGUUUUGACAUUUAAUGGCUGCUUUCCAUUUGGGAAAACAUUUGGUGAUGCAUUUGUUGUUGUGAGUAAUGAAAUGACACUUUUUGUGUGGUGUUGUACUGGUGAGAGUUGUUGUCGAUGUUCUUGUUGUGGUGACAGUGGUUGUUGUUUCUGUUGAUAUUAUAGUUAUGAUCGUGGUCGAUGUAGUAGUUGUCGUUGGUGUGGUAGUAGGCGUUUCAGAGGUCGAUGUGUAAGUUGUGGAUGUCUUGGGGGUCUUUGAUGUUAUAUUUGCUGAUGUUGAACUUUCAGUGGUGGUUGUAGUGUUAGCUAUGGUAGUGGAAGUCAAUGUUGAGGUCGACGUGGUAGUGGUAACUGUUGUAGUGGAAGUCAAUGUUGAGGUCGACGUUGUAGUGUUAGCUGUGGUAGUGGAAGUCAAUGUUGAGGUCGACGUGGUAGUGGUAGCUGUUGUAGUGGAAGUCAAUGUUGAGGUCGACGUUUUAAUGUUAGCUGUUGUAGUGGAAGUCAAUUUUGAGGUCGACGUGGUAGUGGUAGCUGUGGUAGUGGAAGUCAAUGUUGAGGUCGACGUUGUAGUGUUAGCUAUGGUAGUGGAAGUCAAUGUUGAGGUCGACGUGGUAGUGGUAACUGUUGUAGUGGAAGUCAAUGUUGAGGUCGACGUUGUAGUGUUAGCUGUGGUAGUGGAAGUCAAUGUUGAGGUCGACGUGGUAGUGGUAGCUGUUGUAGUGGAAGUCAAUGUUGACGUCGACGUUGUAGUGUUAGCUGUGGUAGUGGAAGUCAAUGUUGAGGUCAACGUUUUAAUGUUAGCUGUUGUAGUGGAAGUCAAUUUUGAGGUCGACGUGGUAGUGGUAGCUGUUGUAGUGGAAGUCAAUGUUGAGGUCGACGUUGUAGUGGAAGUCAAUUUUGAGGUCGACGUGGUAGUGGUAGCUGUUGUAGUGGAAGUCAAUGUUGAGGUCGACGUUGUAGUGUUAGCUGUGGUAGUAGAAGUCAAUGUUGAGGUCGACGUUGUAGUGUUAGCUGUUGUAGUGGAAGUCAAUGUUGAGGUCGACGUUGAAGUGCUAGCUGCUGUAGAGGAAGUCAAUAUUGUAUUUGUUGUCGUGUUAGCUUUGAAAGUGGAAGUGAAUGUUGAGGUAGAUGUUUUAGAAGUUGUAGUUGUAGCUGUUGUAGUGGAAGUUAAUGUUGAGGUGGAUGUGGUAGUUGUCGUUAAGAAAGAUGUAGUUGUAAUUGUAGAGGUACUUGUUGUGGUGGAGGUUGAUGUGGUAGUUGCAGUGGAUGGUGGAGUGGUAGUAUUAGUGGUAGCUUGUAUUGUGGUUUUCAAUGUGGUAGUUUGUUGGCUAAUGCAACACGCACAUCCCGGUGAGCAAGCUGAUGUUAUGAAAUUGUUUUGACAUUUAAUUUCUGCUUUCAAUUUGGGAAAACAUUUGCUGAUGCAUUUGUUAUUGUGAGUAAUGAAAUGACAUUUUUUGUGAGUUGUGGAACUGGUGAGAGUAGUCGUCAAUUUUGGUGUAAUGGUAACAGUUGCAUUUGUUGGGGUUGAUGUUACGGUGGUAGUUACGAUCUUGGUGGUUUCGGUUGUCGUAGAGAAAACUUUAAUCGUGGUGGAGAUCAAUGUGGAAGUUGUCGUUGAAGUCGAUGUGGUAGUUUUAGUUGAAGAGGUCGAUAUGGUAGUUGUCGAUAUCUUAGCGGAGAUAGAUGUUGUGGUUGUUCUGGUGGGAGUCGAGGUUGUAGCUGUUUUGGAGGUGGAUGUUGAAGUUAUUCUGGUGGAGGUCGAUAUGGUAGUUGUUGUGGAUGAAGUUGAUGUUGAUGUCAAUGUAGUAGUGGUAGCUGUUGUGGUAGUUGUUCUAGAAGAAGUAAAUUUUGAGGUCGAUGUAUUAUUUGUCGUGGUGGAGGUCGAUGUAGUAGUAGUCGUUAAUGUGGUAGUAGGCGUUUCAGAUGUCGAUGUGUAAGUUGUGGAUGUCUUUGUGGUGUCUGAUGUUAUAUUUGUUGAGUUUGAACUUUCAGUGGUUGUUGUAGUGGAAGUCAAUGUCGAGGUCGACGUUGUAGUGGUAGCUGUUGUAGUGGAAGUCAAUGUUGAGGUCGAUAUGGUAGUUGGUGUUGAGGUCAAUGUUGUAGUUGUCGUUAAGGUCGAUGUGGUUGUAAUCGUAGAUGUACUUGUCGUGGUGGAGGUCGAUGUUUUGGUUAACUUUGUUGUAGUGGAAGUCGAUGUUGUCGUUGUUGAAGUCGAUUUGGGAGUUCUCGUAAUAGAGUUCGAUGUUGUUAUCGUUGUGGACGUCGAUUUAGGAAUUGUCGUAUUGGAGGUCGAUGUUGUGGUGAAAUUUUUUGUAGUGGUAAUUUUCAUAGUUGAAAGUAAUGUUGUAGUCGAUGUGGUAAUUGUAGUGCUGGAGGUCGAUGUGGUAGUUGUUGUGGUGGAGGUCGAUGUGGUAGUUGUCGUUUUUGAGGUCGAUAUAGCAGUUGUGUUGGAUGUCAAUAUGGUAUUUUCAGUGGAUGGUGUAGUAGCAGAAGCUUGUGUUGAGAUUUUCAUUGUGGUAGUUUGUUCCUUGGUGCAACACGCACAGCCAGGUGUGCACGCUGAUGUUAUGAAAUUGUUUUGACAUUUAAUGGCUGCUUUCCAUUUGGGAAAACAUUUGGUGAUGCAUUUGCUGUUGUGAGUAAUGAAAUGACACUUUUUGUGUGGUGUUGUACUGGUGAGAGUUGUUGUCGAUGUUCUUGUUGUGGUGACAGUGGUUGUUGUUUCUGUUGAUAUUAUAGUUAUGAUCGUGGUCGAUGUAGUAGUUGUCGUUGGUGUGGUAGUAGGCAUUUCAGAGGUCGAGGUGUAAGUUGUGGAUGUGUUGGUGGUCUCUGAUGUUAUAUUUGUUGAGGUUGAACUUGCAGUGGUUGUUGAAGUGGUAGCUGUUUUAGUGGAAGCCAAUGUUGAGGUCGAUGUGGUAGUUUUAGUUGAAGAGGUCGAUUUGGUAGUUGUCGAUAUCUUAGUGGAGAGAGAUGUUGUGGUUGUUCUGGUGGGAGUCGACUUUGUAGCCAUUUUGGAGGUGGAUGUUGAAGUUUUUCUGGUGGAGGUCGAUAUGGUAGUUGUUUUGGAUGAAGUCGAUGUUGAUGUCAAUAUAGUAGAGGUAGCUGUUGUGGUAGUUGUCCUAAUAGAAGUGAAUUUUGAGGUCGAUGUAUUAUUUGUCGUCGUGGAGGUCGAUGUUGUAAGUGUUGUAGUGGGAGCUGUUGUAGUGGAAGUCAAUGUUGAGGUAGAUGUGGUAGUUGUCGUUGAGGUGGAUGUGGUAGUUGUCGUUGAGGUGGAUGUGGUAGUUGUCGUUGAGGUGGAUGUGGUAGUUGUCGUUGAGGUGGAUGUGGUAGUUGUCGUUGAGGUGGAUGUGGUAGUUGUCGUUGAGGUGGAUGUGGUAGUUGUCGUUGAGGUGGAUGUGGUAGUUGUCGUUGAGGUGGAUUUGGUAGUUGUCGUUGAGGUGGAUGUGGUAGUUGUCGUUGAGGUGGAUGUGGUAGUUGUCGUAGAGGUGGAUGUGGUAGUUGUCGUUGAGGUGGAUGUGGUAGUUGUCGUAGAGGUGGAUGUGGUAGUUGUCGUAGAGGUGGAUGUGGUAGUUGUCGUAGAGGUGGAUGUGGUAGUUGUCGUAGAGGUGGAUGUGGUAGUUGUCGUAGAGGUGGAUGUGGUAGUUGUCGUUGAGGUGGAUGUGGUAGUUGUCGUAGAGGUGGUAGUUGUCGUAGAGGUGGUAGUUGUCGUAGAGGUGGAUGUGGUAGUUGUCGUAGAGGUGGAUGUGGUAGUUGUCGUAGAGGUGGAUGUGGUAGUUGUCGUAGAGGUGGAUGUGGUAGUUGUCGUAGAGGUGGAUGUGGUAGUUGUCGUAGAGGUGGAUGUGGUAGUUGUCGUAGAGGUGGAUGUGGUAGUUGUCGUAGAGGUGGAUGUGGUAGUUGUUGUUAAGGUUGAUGUAGUUGUCUUCGUAGAAGUACCUGUCGUGGUGGAGGUUGUUGUGGUAGUUGCAGAGGAUGGUGGAGUGGUAGUAUUAGUGGUAGCUUGUACUGUGGUUUUCAAUGUGGUAGUUUGUUGGCUAAUGCAACACGCACAUCCUGGUGAGCACGCUGAUGUUAUGAAAUUGUUUUGACAUUUAAUUUCUGCUUUCAAUUUGGGAAAACAUUUGCUGAUGCAUUUGUUAUUGUGAGUAAUGAAAUGACAUUUUUUGUGAGUUGUGGAACUGGUGAGAGUAGUCGUCAAUUUUGGUGUAAUGGUAACAGUUGCAUUUGUUGGGGUUGAUGUUACGGUCGUAGUUACGAUCUUGGUGGUUUUGGUUGUCGUAGAGAAAACUUUAAUCGUGGUGGAGAUCAAUGUGGAAGUUGUCGUUGAAGUCGAUGUGGUAGUUUUAGUUGAAGAGGUCGAUAUGGUAGUUGUCGAUAUCUUAGUGGAGAAAGAUGUUGUGGUUGUUCUGGUGGGAGUCGAGGUUGUAGCUGUUUUGAAGGUGGAUGUUGAAGUUGUUCUGGAGGAGGUCGAUAUGGUGGUAGUGGUCGCGGAGAAGGUUGGUGUGGUUUUUGCAGUGGAGGUUGGUGUGGUAGUAACAGUGGUAGCUUGUGCUGUGGUUUUCAUUGUGGUAGUUUGUUUCUUGAUGCAACACGCACAGCCAGGUGUACAAGCUGAUGUUAUGAAAUUGUUUUGGCAUUUAAUUGCGGCUUUCCAUUUGGGAAAACAUUUACUGAUGCAUUUGUUGUUGUGAGUAAUGAAAUGACACUUUUGGGGUGUUUUGGUUCUGGUGAGUGUGGUUGUUGAUGUUGUUGUUGUUAUUGAGGUCGAUGGCCCUGAAGUUCUUGGUGGUGUUGGUGGUGGUGGUGGAGUUCUUGG